AAUUUGUAUAUACAAUUCUGCGAGAUUCGCGAGUUGUGUACACAACAAAUAUUUAUAUUUAUGUAGAUAUUUAAUGUUGCUAAUUGCUAUUAUAACGAGGUCGCAUUUUUAACUAAUAAUUAUCCAUUUUUUUUAAAUAACAAGUAUAGAGUAAUUAGUGGUAGUAAAUGGUUAUUAAAUUACCCUCGUCGAUACUCGAUGAUAGUCUUUAGUCAUCUCCAAGAUUAUUUACCAUCGUUAGGAAUAAAAUGAAUCAUGAGGUGCAAGAGGAGCCCAAGACAUCCAGCAACAGAGAGUCACAGCUAGAUCUGUUCAGUUUAAUCGGAGGAAGUUGGCCACCAGCACCAAGAGCACCUGAGAGACAAUAUGGUACUGUACCAAGAACUCCCAAAAAAACUCCACAGUAUACUCAUGAAAGAGUGAAGUCAGUGAAUCUAUUGAAUCACAUAGUUCCAGAUAGAAGAAAGAAACCAGUGUUAAAUUCUGCUACUAGCAGUAAUUUUUAUACUAAAAUGGUGCAUGAUACAAAGAAAAUUGAAACUGGAGUUUUAGUGGAUGUAGGCGGUAAUGGAAUUCCGGAAGAACUAUAUGACACACCAUCUCUUGGAUCGCCUAGAUCAAUACCUCAAUGGCAGGAAAGACAAUCACCCAUUCACUUGCAAGACGACAUUGGUGUUGGUUCGUUGGUUGAAGUAGCAACUGACGUAAACCAGCAUUACUAUGGUGUGGUCCGAUGGAUUGGAAUAAUUGAUGAUACAGCAACAGCAGGUGUAGAGCUGGAACAGAAUGUGUGUGGUCUGGGAGAUGGCGUUCGUAACGGGCAACGGUUAUUCCCCUGUGCUCCGGGACGUGCGUUAUUCGUACCACUUGCAUUGUGUCGACGUGAUGCAAGGUUUAGAGACACGCCCCCACCGGAACGACAUUUGCAUAAUGAGGAACAUUUCGAUCAGCCCGACUGCCCCGUAGUCCCAGGCGUUGUACCACCUUUAAACUCUUUAGGCGACUUAGCAGGCAAGAACCGAGGGAUUCAAGGACACCACAAUUCCUGUUAUCUCGAUGCAACUCUGUUUGCUAUGUUCACUUUUACAAGCGUUUUUGAUGCUCUUCUAUAUCGACCACCAGAACUUGAAGAUUCACCGCACUACAGUGAAGUACAACGCGUACUUCGCGAAGAGAUAGUGAACCCGUUACGACGCCACGGCUACGUGCGAGCCGACCGCGUUAUGAAAUUGCGUACGUUACUUGAAAGGCUAUCGGACGUGCCCGGACUUACUUCAGAAGAAAAGGAUCCCGAAGAAUUCCUAAACGGUCUAGUAGCACAGUUAUUAAGGGCCGAACCAUUCCUAAAGUUAUCUUCAGGACAGGAGUCAUAUUGCUACCAAUUGUUCGUUGAGAAGGACGAAGAUGUUACGUUGCCGAGCGUACAACAAUUGUUAGAGCAAUCUUUCGCCACAUCUGGGGUUAAACUUAGUGAGGUUCCUGCAGCAUUUAUUAUUCAGAUGCCUAGGUUUGGAAAGAACUACAAAUUGUAUCAAAGGGUGUUGCCGUCACCACUUUUGGAUGUGACCGAUCUAAUUGAAGGACUACCCCGUCAGUGCGCUGUAUGCGGCAGUCUUGCGCGUUGGGAAUGCAGUGCGUGCGUAGCGGGUGGAGCGCUCGACACAGGCGCCCUCUGCACUUCUUGUUUAAGACUUGCGCACGCUACGCGCCCAACACAUAAGGCAACACCGUUGACAAUAUGUGAGGAAUACGCGAAUAUAUUGGAGUCGUGUCCCGUGCCACGUGUUUAUAUGGAGCUAUUCGCAGUUCUUUGUAUAGAGACAAGUCAUUAUGUUGCCUUUGUGAAGACUGGCGUCGCACAUGAUGCUCCUUGGUGCUUCUUUGAUUCCAUGGCGGACCGUAAAGGUGAACGCAACGGCUACAACAUACCAGAAAUAAUAGAAAUAGAGGAAUUAGCGGGUUGGGUUAGUGACGAAGGGGGUCGGGCUUUGCACGCUUCCGCGCCACACGAUCGACUUCUGCCAGCCCACGCUAAACGGUUACUCGCAGACGCAUAUAUGUGCUUCUAUAGGAGCCCGGACGUCGCUAUGUAUAGAUAGAGAAGUUAUAGCUAAUAAUUAUGCGGAAGUUUGACAGUUGACAUGCUGAUAUGAAAAUAUUUUUUUAGCAAAUAUGAAUAUCUCUAUAUCACAUAACUGCUUCACCGGAUUUAGAAACGAAACUGCACAAACUGUGACUGCCUUAUGUCAAAAUCCAAUAGGGUUUUCACGUUUAGAAGUCAUUCUGCAUAUUAUUCUUAUUCGUAUCUCAAGUCAUAUUCUCGUCUUGUGCGAUGUUAAAUAUUACAAAUGGUUUGACAACGCUUGAAACUGUUGUGUUGAAACCAUCAACCGAAAAGUCGACGAUAUGGAUUGUGCAUCAGGCACUGAAGACUGAUCGCCUACUUGCUUAUUAGAAAAAGCAAAUCACAAAAAUAUACAGAAAUAUGAGGCCCAAACCAAAAAGUUUGUAGCGCCAGUGAAUAUCAAAUUCAUAAGUUUU